AUGGAGUACGUCCUAUUUAUGCCCCAACAUUCCCUUAUGUUCAACAGCAUAAUCAGACAGAACCUUACGUACGGAAAACCGGAUGCUACGGACGAAGAGAUGCACGAGGAAGGUCGGAAUGCGGCCAUCCACGAUACAAUCAUGCAACGAGCACAAAAUUACGACGCAGCGAUUAGAGAUGACGGAAAGUGA